GCUCCCCGCGAGCUAGCGGAGCAGUCGAGGAACUGCGGCGGGACCAGGGCGCAGCGGGGGGCGACCUUUGCGCAGGGCGGGGCCGGGACCGGCCGGGUCCCUGGCACCCCCCUCCCUCCGCCCGCCCAGACGCGCCACUGCAGAAGAGACGGGCGCCCAGGAGGCCGCGCCGAGGCCGCGCCGGGGUCCAGGCGCCGCUGCUAUGGACAUCCCGCCGCUUGCCGGCAAGCUCGCCGCUCUGUCGCUCGGCGCCCUCCCCUUGUCCUAUGCGCUCAACCACGUCUCGGCGCUCUCGCACCCCCUGGGGGUGGCAUUGAUGAGUGCCCUGAUCCUGGGUCUGCUUUUCAUGGCUAUCUACAACUUGUCUCCUGAUGAUAUCUACUAUGACCCACUCUAUGCUGUGUUCACUAUCUUCGCCUUCACCUCGGUGGUGGACCUCCUUAUUGCUCUCCAGGAAGAUGGCUACAUGGUGGGCUUCAUGGAGUUCAUUACCAAGGAGGGAGAGCCAUACUUGCGCACUGCCCAUGGAGUCUUCAUCUGCUACUGGGAUGGCACCGUUCACUACCUCCUCUACCUGGCCAUGGCUGGUGCCAUCCACAGAAGGAAGAGAUACCGGAACCUUGGACUGUACUGGCUGGGAUCUUUCAUCAUGAGCAUCCUGGUAUUUCUCCCAGGAAACAUCCUUGGUAAAUACAGCUCAGAGAUCAGACCUGCCUUCUUCCUGGCCAUCCCCUAUAUGCUGGUCCCAUGCUGGGCUGGCAUGAAGGUCUUCAGCCAGUCCCGGGCACCAACCAGCUGUAUCCCUCACAUGGUACAGGAGGAGCAAAGAAAGGGCCUCCUGCGACGCCCGGUUGACCUGGUCCUUGUCAUAUACCUCACCCUUGCUGGGUUCUUCACCCUCUUCCGGGGCCUGGUGGUGCUUGACUGCCCCACAGAUGCCUGCUUUAUCUACAUCUAUCAGUAUGAGCCAUACCUACGGGACCCCGUGGCCUAUCCGAAGGUGCAGAUGCUGGUGUAUAUGUUCUAUGUGCUGCCCUUCUAUGGCCUGGCUGUCUAUGCCCUCAUUGUCCCUGGCUGUUCUUGGCUGCCUGACUGGGCCUUGGUGUUUGCUGGAGCUGUUGGCCAGGCCCCUGACAUCCACCCUCCCUGUGUGGCCACUAGGCACAGUUCUCGCACAUGGGUGCCUCCAUGCACCUGCGCACGCCCUUCACCUACCGUGUGCCUGAUGACGCCUGGGCCUGCUUCUUCGGGUGCAACCUGCUGUAUGCGCUGGGCCCCCACCUGCUGGCCUUCCGCUGCCUUCAGUGGCCCGCCUUCUUCCUGCGCCCUCCCCCUGGCCCCCCGGCCCACCACAAGAAGCAGCACUGAGAGGGCUGGGGACUCCCCAGGACUCUGUUUACAUGCCUAGCAAGCCCUGCUUGGGGAAGGGUGGGCCGGGUUGUUUAGAGGCAGAAAGUACAUCUCCAGGUGCCUUUGGUCCUGGCCAUGGUGGUUUCAGGCCAAUGGACAGGAUGGGAGACCCAAGGGCCAAGUGUUCCCACAGAGAGGGCCACAGACACGCUCAGCUGUCAUGGUACCCCAAUCCCACAGGACACUUGUACUGCCUCCCAGAAUUUACCCAUCAUACCAUACCCCAUGGACCCUUUAGUAAAAAACCUUUUGAUGCCCAAAUAUUGCUGCUGCCUGAGUGUUUCAGGAUUCAGAGGUCAGGGACCUGCUUUUCAGACCCCAUGAGGGCCUACCCAUCGCUGCCAGCGUGGCCAUCAGGAGCUGGAGAAGCCAGACAGCAGAAGUCUGCCUCUGGUUGGUAUGCACAGCUCCAUCUUCCAGAUGGGGAAAACUGAGGCUCAGAGAGGUCAAACUCUGUCUGAGUUCACAAUCAGUAGAGAAGCAUCUGAAACCUAAGUUCUGACAAUAAAUUAUAAUUACUAAUA